AUGCAGAGGGCCGGCGGCGGCGGCGCCCCCGCGGGCAGCGGCGGCGGCGGCGGCGGGGGCCCCGGCACUGCCUUCUCCAUCGACUCCCUGAUCGGCCCGCCGCCGCCGCGCUCCGGCCACUUGCUCUACACCGGUUACCCCAUGUUCAUGCCCUACCGGCCGCUCGUGCUGCCGCAGGCGCUGGCCCCCGCGCCGCUGCCCGCCGGCCUGCCGCCCCUCGCCCCGCUCGCCUCCUUUGCCGGCCGCCUCACCAACACCUUCUGCGCGGGGCUGGGCCAGGCCGUGCCCUCGAUGGUGGCGCUGACCACCGCGCUGCCCAGCUUCGCGGAGCCGCCCGACGCCUUCUACGGGCCCCCGGAGCUCGCCGCCGCCGCCGCCGCCGCCACUGCCUCCCGGAACAACCCCGAGGCGGGCGGCCGACGCCCGGAGGGCGGGCUGGAAGCCGAGGAGCUGCUGCCGGCCCGGGAGAAAGUGGCAGAAGCCCCGCCGCCCCCGCCUCCGCACUUCUCAGAGACUUUCCCGAGUCUGCCGGCGGAGGGCAAGGUGUACAGCUCAGACGAGGAGAAGCUGGAAGCCCCUGCAGGAGACCCAGCAGGCAGCGAGCAGGAGGAAGAGGGCUCGGGCGGCGACAGCGAGGACGACGCUUUCCUGGACAGUGCUGCAGGGGGCCCUGGGGCUCUUCUGGGACCUAAGCCCAAGCUGAAGGGGGGCCUGGGGACUGGAGCUGAGGAGGGGGCGCCGGUGGCGGCUGGGGUCACCGCUCCCGGGGGGAAGAGCCGGCGGCGCCGAACAGCAUUCACCAGCGAGCAGCUGUUGGAGUUGGAGAAGGAAUUCCAUUGCAAGAAGUACCUGAGCCUGACGGAGCGCUCCCAGAUUGCCCACGCCCUGAAGCUCAGUGAGGUGCAGGUCAAGAUCUGGUUCCAGAACCGCCGGGCCAAGUGGAAGCGCAUCAAAGCCGGCAACGUGAGCAGCCGCUCCGGGGAGCCCGUGCGCAACCCCAAGAUCGUCGUGCCCAUCCCCGUGCACGUCAACAGGUUUGCCGUGCGGAGCCAGCACCAACAAAUGGAGCAGGGCGCCCGGCCCUGAGCGGCCCCAUGAGGACUUCAGAAGGCAGAGGAUCCGCCCCGAGCC